AUGCCAGCCAUUGAUGUGGAUGAAGCUGAUAUAUUAGUUUUGAGCUCGAAUUUGAAGCAACUGGGUCAACUAACAGGAUGUAUCAAUGACAGUCUAUCAAAGAUAAUGUAUACAACAUCAAAAGCUAGCAAGUCACUCAGACCAAGCAUAUCAGCAAAUAAUAAGUUAAAUAUUCUGAAGCGAAAUAUUGAGGGAAGUCUUGAUUCUGUGUCUUCUAUAAAAGAUUUGGCAAGUGAUGCUUCGAAACAUGAAGUUAUACUAGAACAAGAUAUUUCGCAAGUUGGACUAAAGAAGUUUAUCCGAACUAUUCAUAAGGUGGAUGAUAUCAUGGAUGAUUUGCGGGAGAAAAGUAAAAGUACUGCGGACUUUCAUGGAGUCGUUACGCAUAUGGAGGAUCUGUUGGCUGUGGGGGAGAAAAAUCUCCAGAUCUACCUGUCAAAUCUUUUAAACAAAAUCCAGCCUUUUGACCCGCAGGUGUACAUCAGCAAGCAGACCAGUUUUCCAUACUAUUCUGAUGAUGAUUUGAUUGAGAUGACCGAGAUCUUUGACUACUUUGAGUCCUCAGAGCGUAAUCCAACUAUAGAUAUACUUGUUAAGCAGCGUAGUCAGCUGAUACAAAACAGUUUGGCGUUUUUGGAGCCCUUUACUAAGCAUAUCACAGCAGAAAGAAAUGCUCCCUAUCAGAAAGGUAGUAGUGGUAUGAUCAGCUACACUGAAGCUGUUACGGGCUUUAUAAGUAACGAAGGAGCUCUAAUAGAUGAUAUUUUUGGGAAAUUACCCGAAAAGCGAGUCAUGGUGUUCAAUCGAAUUGUCUCUCCUAUCGUUCACAACUACGCCAGAGCUGCAAAACAUAAUAUCGAGCUGAUUGAGGAGGAUAUAAAUAACUAUGGGCUGUUUAGUUUUGAGCUAAGCGAAUUGAUAAAGAAGAUGCUGUAUCUGCUGAAACCAAAGUCACUUGAAAGCGCUAAUGAAUUGCAGCUGUGUGAACUGGAACUGAAAUCUAUCACGCAAUCUUUAUUUAGGGAUAUGAUCCAGUAUAUUGGGCAGAAGGCAGGGACCAUUACCCAAUUACCUACUGACAAUGGUGUCACGGAAGCUACUGUCGAUGUUAUGUCUAAACUGCGAAAAUUUAGUGAGUACAAGAGUGGAUGUUUGGCCAUAAUAGCAACUAUGGCUCGUGAAUCGUGGCUCCCAAAUGAAUCUCCUAAUAUGUGGACCAUAUCUUCAAGUCCUAAGACAGCACAGCAAUUGUUAUCCAGUUUCUUCAGCGAUGCAAUUGAUUAUUUGACAAUUUCUCUUGACAGAAAGGCCCAAAAGCUUCUAAAUCCAUCCAUGGAACCUGAAGUUGGUAUUGUAACUAAAAAAGUGCCCCAACUUCAGCGGAUUGGGUUUUUUGUGUUAACUAAUAUUACAUUGGUGGAACAAAUUGUGCAACGUAGUGAACUAAAUUCAGUUCUGGAUAGUCAGGGUAUCGCACGGUUAGCAAAGUUGAAAACAAGGUACGUUAAUUACUUUGCCGCCGAUUGGAGAGAUCUAGCUUCUAAUUUAUUGGACCAAGUGUUCAUAGACUCUACAGGUAAAAUUUCAUCUAAGGAUAAGGAUCAGGUCAAGGAGAAGUUCCGUAAGUUCAAUGAAGGAUUCGAGCAGCUGGUAUCUAAUUAUAAGACAUUUAGAAUAACGGACCCGUCUAUGAAGAAACUGUUAAAACAGGAGAUCUUUGCCUUGGUGGCACCGAUGUAUGAACGGUUCCACAACCGUUACAAGGACUCAUUCAAGAACCCAAGAAAACAUGUCAAGUACACUCCUAAUGAGUUAAUGAACAUUUUGAAUUCCUUAGGGCGCUAG